AUGUAUGUAGUGCAAAUCCUCCUAGCAUCCUUAGCGGCUACAGCUCGAGCCCAUAUGUCGUUGUGGUAUCCGCCCCCUCUUGGUGGUAGUAAAGCAGCCAACUCUUUCACACCCUGGCGAUUUCCGCAAGUCACAUGGAAACCUGGCCAGGACGCCUACUUCCAGUUAUCCGACCACAUGUAUAGUAUCGGUGUUCCAGGAUCAACUCACUACGGAGGAAGCUGCCAAGUUGGCUUCUCUGUGGACAAAGGUCAGACAUGGAAAGUCGCAGCUUCAUACCAUAGGAACUGUCCCCACAGGGACAAAGACGCGCCACAAGUCUUUAAGUUUAAAGUCCCUUUAAACAUACCGACAGGUAUAGCAGUCUUUGCUUGGGUCUGGUUGAACCGGGAGCAUGAAUUUUUCAUGAACUGUGCAGCAGUUCAGAUUAGCUCGAGCUUUAGCAGUACCACCACCAGGCGCAUUUAUACAAGCUUUAAAACUGUUCCUACUACACAUCACCCUGCACUACCAGAUCCUACUAGCAAAGCACUACGGGAAAGUGAACAAGACAGAUCGAACGGCUGCGAUAAAGACUCGACAGGCCGCAGUAGUUCAUACGGUCCAAGGCUGGCUAGAAGUAAGUGGAAAUACAUCAAACAUCGUCAUAAUAGGAAGCAUUCUAGGCACCACUACCAUAUUCACAAAUCUGACGUCUUAGCAUCGCCUGAAAAGCUUCAUCACCGGUCAGAGAACACCGCUUCCGAUGUUUGCGAUUGGAACAACGCGCCCAGGAUGGAAACUAGCUACUAUUCUAUAGAUGCAAGAUGUGCACCUAAUGCUAAGCUGAAGAACCCAAAGAGUGAUGACUUUGAGAUUGGCUGGGGUAAUUUUUGCGGCGUCGUUGAGGGGGACAAAGAGUACACUAUUCAGAACAUCGGGUGUUAG